CAUCGUCAAGAUCGGGCAGACGUACUACAAACAGACCGUCGGCAUCCCGCAGGGCUCGGUUUUGUCUGCGCUGCUCUGCUCGUUCUUCUAUGGGGAUCUGGAGAAGAGGAGGAUGCCGGAGUUGGCGAGGGACGCGGGGAGUCUUCUCCUCCGCCUCAUCGACGACUAUUUGCUGGUGACGACGAGUCGGGCGCGCGCGGUCGCGUUCUUGGAUAUGAUGCACGCGGGCCACCCCGACUAUGGAUGCUUCAUCGCGCGGGAGAAGACGCUCACGAAUUUCGACUAUGACGAGCAGGUAAUGAACGUGAUACCGUCGGGCCAGAGAGGUGGGUAA